UGAUGCCGCAUGGCAUGGACUCAGGUGUAACAAACACCUAAGGAAUAUAGGUAGACUUUUGUUACGUUUUCCUUUGUUCUGCAUUUAAAGACUGUUUGCCAAGUGUGAAAUAAAACAUUGAACUUUGAUUUGAAAAGUACUGUUUCCUUGCCUCUCUACUGCAACCGCACCUAUCUGCAGGAGCGAGUCAUCACAAAAUAUAUAUAUACCCAAAUUUCUCCCCAAUGUGUUUGUUUAUAUACUCCUGAGCUGAAAGUGACCUGAAUUAAAAUGCCUUUAUCUGAGCCGUAAAAGGGUUUAUAUAAACAAAGACAAAGGGAUGUUUCACACUUACAGACACCAUGUGAAAUUCUGGAAUUUGAGACUAAGAAUCAACUUUACACUACAGGGAGUUUUUGGUUUGAACAAUUAUGAUGGAUGUCACACAGUAUGAUUGUCUGAAAUAAUUCUGGCUCAUAUAGUCUGACAGACAGAAAUUAUCAGCAGUGCUGAAUGGUGGUACAUGGUGUGACAAAUAGAUGGACAAGGUGGGGUAGAAUUAGGGGAGGGAUCGGACAUCUGGCAUGAUUUGAUAGGUGUUAAAAAAUGCUGUAGUUCACAAGAAGUUAGCCCCACAGGACAGACCACUUCCUGUUACAUAUUGAAGGGGUUAUUUGGAGAUGUAAAAAAAAGAAGUUAUAUGUUGCUGGGGGUGGGCUAAAAAAACAACACAUACCCACCUGCCUCAAUCCUCUGGGUCUCUCUCUGUGCUGUCACCUGGUCCCCCAAAGCUCCAGCUACUUUCUGAGACUAGCUCUUCACUGUAGUGAUGGUCCACUUAUCCAAUCACUGAUUGAGGCAGGGUGCCACUGCAGCCAAUGAUUGGCUGAGCAGUCUGUCUGUCACGUAUGGGCAGGGAAGGAGUGCUCGCUAAGCUUACCCACGCCCCUGUCCCUGCCUACUUGUCCGCCUAUCCUAAAUGAUAGGCCGGCAACUGGUCGACAAUCCCUUCCUAAAUAAGUGAGGGGAGUCAAAUGUCAACACAAUAAAAUACAAUCCUGUCCGUUGUCAGGAGCAACAGGGAAACAAGCAACUAACAAAGACAAACUAAACAUACACACAUAAAGUCGAUGUCAGUCAAACCGAGUCAAGCCAGGAGUGGGAAGAGGUGCCGAAUCGCUAUAACCAAAGAGAAGUCAGAUAAGAAGCCAAAAGUCAAGUUGCCGGGUAUAGAAGAAAAUAAGGGAUUGCUAGUUACUCGGUAUUUAGAGCUUCGAUUUAACAGAAGUGUGCGCAUACUGGGAACAGUUAUUUUCAUCAUAGAGAUGAUAUUAUAUACAGGCAUUGUGAUAUAUGCACCUGCCCUAGCAUUAAAUCAAGUUUCAGGGUUUAAUCUUUGGGGAGCAAUGAUUACUACAGGAUUGGUGUGCACAUUCUACUGCUCACUGGGUGGUCUAAAGGCUGUCAUCUGGACAGAUGCCUUCCAGAUUAUAAUUAUGUUGGCCGGCUUUAUCGCUGUCAUCAUAAGAGGUGUUGUGGUGCAAGGUGGAAUCCGGACUAUCAUCAGUGACUCCUACUAUGGUGGGAGGCUGAACUUCUGGGACUUUGAUCCACAUCCACUUCGGAGGCACACGUUUUGGACAAUUGUGAUUGGUGGGACAUUUUUGUGGACUGGAAUCUAUGGGGUUAAUCAAUCUCAAGUGCAAAGAUACAUUGCUUGUAAGAGCAGAUUUCAAGCAAAAUUAUCUCUCUACCUUAACCUGAUAGGAUUGUGGGCCAUUCUUGCGUGUGCAGUGCUCUCAGGCCUCAUUCUCUUCUCAAUUUACAAGGACUGUGACCCAUGGACCUCAAAGCUUGUGUCUGCCCCUGACCAGCUCAUGCCAUAUUUGGUGCUUGAUAUUCUUCGAGACUAUCCUGGAGUGCCUGGACUUUUUGUGGCCUGUGCAUAUAGUGGCACUUUGAGCACGGUGUCAUCAAGUAUCAAUGCACUGGCUGCAGUAACUAUCGAAGACCUGAUCAAACCAUACACAAAUCUGUCCGAAAAAAAGCUGUCAUGGCUGUCAAAAGGAAUGAGUGCGUUUUAUGGAGUAGUGUGUAUAGCAAUGUCGGUGAUUGCGUCCUAUAUGGGAAGUGUGAUCCAGGCAGCCCUGUCUAUAUUUGCUAUGGUUGGGGGACCCCUUCUUGGCUUGUUUUCCUUAGGAAUGUUUUUACCAUUCUGCAAUCCUUUGGGAGCGAUUGUGGGGCUUCUUGUAGGAUUUGCUGUGUCCUUAUGGGCUGGAAUAGGGGCUCAGAUCUACCCCCCAUUGCCUGAGAGAAGUAGACCCCUGCCGCUUUCCACUGCCUAUUGUAAUUCCAGUGAUUCAGUGAACAUCACAUCUGUUACAGAAAUGGCAAUAACCAUGAUAGUCUCAGCAGCACAAGCUGAAGCCAGUGAGAGGCCACAGCUUGCCGAUUAUUGGUAUUCUUUAUCGUACUUAUACUUCAGCAUUUUGGGGACCCUCGUGACUCUAGUUGUUGGUAUAAUUGUUAGUCUUCUGUCAGGGGGAUGGAAACAAAAUAUAAACCGUGACUUUCUCUUUGGAGGACAAGAUUGUGUACUUGACAUGUUCUGCUGUUUUAAAGCCAAUAAGGCUGAAAAAAUUGAAGAUGUAAGCUGGAAACCAUAUCCCAAGGAAGGACACGACAACCCCACUUUUUCACAAGACGAUAUUAGUUUAUAUCAAAGGUCAUGAGGACCAUUAUCUGGGGGACUGCCAUGUUGUGUACAUUACUUCUUUGCACUACAAACUCUCAAGGGGUAAUAAUCAUUGACAUUUGAACUUGUGUAAUAUUAAAUUAGAUUUUAAUUUUUUUAUUUUUUGCAUUGCUUAAGAACUUGAAAAGGUUAAGUCUAGUAUAAAUGACUAUGACAAAAGCAGCAACCUAAGGUGGUAUUCUAGUGUGGAAAAUUGCACUAGGAAUGCAACAUAUUCAGUUCUUUAGCUGCCAAUGAUAUAUAAGUUUUUGCACAAUAACUAAUUGUUGGAAUUUUACAUCAUAGUAGUGCCAGUUACUGAUGAUUUUUUUUUUUUUUUUUUACAAAUCAACUGGUGCCAGAAAGUUAGACAGACUUGUAAAUUACUUCC